AUGGCCAUCCUCAAAUAUGCCUGGCUCUCUGAUCCAGACCCUGUUUGGCUUCCGUUGAAGCAAGCUUGUGACGAACGAUUUGACGCGUUCUAUGCUUUACCAAUAGAGCAACAGCACGAGACAUGGCUGAAAUAUCCCCAUCCCGUCCCAGAGGGCACGCCCGCGGGCUUGGACGUGUCAUUUGAUAAGGUUCCUGUAAGAGAUGGUGCAAAUGUGGGCAUCAAGAUCUACCGGAACACAGAAAAGCUGAAAGCGAUGGGCAAGGAAAAGGCACCUCUCGUCCUGGUAGCGCACGGAGGCGGCUGGGUGCUAGGGAACCACGACGUCGAGGAAGGCGUUUGUCGUUGGAUUGCAAAGGAGACUGGUGCAGUUGUUGUAGACGUCGAUUACAGGCUGGCUCCUGCAUAUCGAUACCCUCAUGCGAUAAACGACUUCUAUGAUGUUUUCAAAUGGUGCAAGGACAAUGCGGAUACACUAGGGAUCGACUCGUCUCUUAUUCUCUCUUGUGGCAGCUCUGCCGGCGCAAACCUAGCUGCUGUGCUCCCUAUAAUGGCAAGAGACAACAAGGAGAAAGGGAUCAUAGGCCAGGUAUUGAACGGUCCAGUUGUGUGUCAUCCAAAGUACUUCCCCAAGGAUAAGUAUGAGUACACGAGUUGGGAGCAGAAUAAAAACGCCUCAAUUCUCGGCAAAGACCAUAUGCUACGCUGCUGGGAGACCUACUACCCUGCCACGGGCCCUGACGUUUAUGCGAACCCGUUCUUGGUAGAAACCAUGGAAGGUCUACCACCUGCUUUGAUACAGAUAACCGGCAUGGAUCCGCUUCGAGACGAAGCAUUUGCCUAUGCGGAUCGAUUGAAGGAAUCCGGCGUUCCAGUUGAGGUUGCAACCUACGCCGGCUUGCCUCAUGGCUUCUAUACCUUCCCACAACUCGAAGCUUCCGCAAUUUAUUUCAAAAAGGCUGCAUCGUGGGCCAAAGAGCUCUUGGCUAGGAAGGGAUGGAACGCAUAG